GUUCGCUACAAAAACUCAGCGCAAACUACGCAGACAAACAAGUCUGCGAACUUGAAGGCGGCCCAAGGGCUUCACGAAAGCAGGCAAGGAGGAACUAACCUAGUUACCUCCCGUAGAGCGCUUACGUAGGUAGAGAAUCUCCAGACGCCGCCCCCGACUGAUUACUUCCCCUGCCCUGGCUGGUGCUGACGAUUUGACGCGCACCGCGCAGUCGUCUGACGUGCGCCAGGACCGUCUGAUGGCGCAAUGUGCAGUGAACUGGGUUAUGAGUCAGUGCCUGUGCUCUCAGCUUCUGUAACAACGGGAUGGGAAGGGACUUAAUGUCUGCGAUUGUUGUUGGGAAACAGUAGCUCUACGGCAAGCAUACAUGGCAAGAGCCUCCAGCGGAGUACUACAAGUGAUUAUUGUGCUGAUGUUUGAAUGGUCGACAGGUUUUGCUGGACUGUUUGAAUGUCUGAUUCCUCUCGACUACUGCCUGGGAUCGUUGCUCCCUAUAGGCUACACCAUGCAGAACGCCCAGAUGUCAAGAGCCGUCUUUCAGCUUCCCUCUGCUUGCAGCACACUAAGCCAGGCACAAGCCUGUACUGCCAUGUAUACCUGCAACCACACAGCAUCCCGGGAGAGAAUCAACAGGUACACCGACUUUUUCACCUGGCUGUGCCAGCAGACCCACGUUGUGGCGACCAGCGUCCAGUGCUGGGAAUACCCGUUUGAGAAUGAUGUCAUCUCUUGUGGCGAGUUGCACAUUUCAGGACCAAUGGGAAUCCAUCUAAUGAACCCGUACCAUCCAUGUCCGUUUAUACUGAAUAUGGUGAACUGUGUGGCAGAAAAAAUGCACGAGAGGGCUGAAUGCACCCAGGAUGCCAUUAAUCUUUACAUAGACAUCAUUCUCAAGUCAAGUGUAGCGUUUGCAGGAUGUCGACUGGUGGCGUAGCUGUCACUGUAUCUCACUGUAUCUCACUAUAGUGGACAUGAACUUAGAGAAUGAAAUGUCCCUUCAUCAGCUUCAAAGAAUUUGUACAAUAGGUCAAGUGUGAGUAACAUAUAUUUCACAAAACCAAAGUAUCGAAAAUUAAUAAUAAAUACCUAUAACUGAGAAUCUGCGUUGUGAGUCUCGUACCUUCUUGUUAAGAUGUAAUGUGGUUGAGCUUCGGCCAAUAUCUACGCAAGCACAGAAAGCCUUUAUAUUUCAAUGAGCCAAAAGAUAUGGGUGCUGGAAAAUGCAGACACGAAAGAAAGGAGAAUAUCGUUAUGAAAAAAAUGAAUAAAGAAAAACCAAAAGAAAAUAUAUAAAGAAAGAAAUAACAAACACACAAAGAAGAAGGAAGAAAGCAGGCAAUGAAGGUAGCAUUACGAAACGAAAGUAUGGAAAGUGUUUAAAAGAAAGAACUAGAAAUCAAGUAAACAAGAAAGAAAGAAAUAAAAUUCUCUGGUUUGUUAGUAUUAUUAGCGACCCACAACUGUGUUGUUUUUGUGUAGUUUUUACAUUUUGGGCUUAGUUCAUUACAUGACCCAAAUUUUAAAAAAUGAUCAAAGAAUGUUUCCGUUGAAUUCUAACUUUCAAACACAACAGGAUUAAAGUUCGUUUCAUGUACAGAAAUGGAAGGCGACAUUGAAGUGGGGUUAGUUUGGCAAGUGCACAUUCCAGCAAUUCUUUUACCUUUUCCCAUGCACAUCCGAGAAUGUUAUUGUUUCAAAGUUCUAUCUGCCAAAGUCUUGGUUAAAUGCAUGUCAACAAUUUAUACUCUUUCAAAAUAUGCCACAAUAAUAAUAAACAAUGUAUAUAACAAACCAUCCCAUCAACUUCUGCAGAGGGUGCUUAUUGAAAAGAAAAUAGCUUUGUCAUCUCAAGGGGAGGAUGAUUAAUUAAAGAUAGAAAGAGACUCUGUCACAAUGUAUGUUGACCCUUUAUACGGGUUUUGAAAAUAUGGUCAAGUAUGACGAGCAUAAGAUUGUAAAUCAUUGACUGUUCCCCAGAAACAACAUGUUUGCGAGUUGAAAAUAAAACAUA